CCAAUAACGACCGCGACUUCGAGGACCCUUUACAUCCAGAAAAUAAGGCUAAAUUCAAAGCGUACCGCAUACUCUUCCAUCCCCUCUGCCGCCCUCCACCGAACAGAACGCGACUGGUAACUCACGAAUGAUAAUUAUAGGAAGGCCUCAAGUCAGUAUUUUGACCCCUGCCAGGAAGCCGCGAAUCGCUCGAUCAGGUGUCUGAACAGGAACGCGGGGGAUAGAGAGAUGUGCUCUGAUUAUUUCCAGUAGGUCUCUAUUUUCCGCUUGGGUUGCUUGGGUGAGGUGCGAAGCUCAUUGGCCAUGGUAGGGCGUAUAGGGAUUGUAAGAAGAAAUGGGUAUGUCUGCAUACGGGCGCGGGAGAUCGGAUGUGCAGAGUACUGAUUCUGAUAACCCUGUGGAUAGAUUGAAGAUAUGAAGGAGGAAAAGAGGAGGAACACUAAGCUGUCUCUUUUUUAGGCUGCCUUCUUUCCUUCUACGGGCUUGAUGUUGGGUCGUUCAUGCUUUUCCGUGUAGUUCGGGCUUGGGAUGAAAGCAAUUCACCUGGUUGAGAUUUUUUCCGCAUUCCUGGGUGCGCUGGUUCGGCUUCCAGAUUCGUGGUUGGGGUCAUCUCGCGGGAGUGGAUGAUCUUGGCGCUCCCGAAGCAUGUGCUUGACAUUUAUUGGCGUCAUAUAGUCUCACUCGUUCUCGGAUGCUAGAGCCCUGUGCGGGAGAGGGGCUGCUUAAGGUGAUUUUUUUGGGCAGUGAGGGAUUCUGCGCCGCUUCGUUUGGGAGGUUGGGGCGCUUAGGGUGAGUACUUAGUUACUUCAUGUGCCUGGCCGCGUGAUGGUGAUAACCAUACCUGGGA